GUAGACCGAAGCUAUCAAACAUGACUGUUUGCAGUGUGCUGCAUACAUUCUCCCGAUUCAUUUCCAUUUGUAGGAGUUCUGGUCCAUGUUGUUCCUGCUAAAGCCUGACGUCAUCUAUCCAUCUUCUUCUCUGUCUACCUAUUUUCAUUUUCCCUGACCCGAGACUGGGUGUGUGUGAUUGUUGAGGCCCAAAUUCACGGUCAAUAUGAAGAGUUUUAUCUUCGUCGUGAUGACCAUAAGACUAGUUGUCACUUUCGUGUCGUCGGUGCCAAAUGAAUGCGUGUACUUUACCGGCCAGCUUCCUCUCGGUGAAGGACUCUUUCGGUGGACGGUGGACCCAUAUUUCAUCCCAGGUGAUAUCGUCACAGUUAGUGUCGUGAGUACGGACGGUGCGUUGUUUUCAGUGCAUGCCGUUCAAGGGUCUUUAUCGAAUGAAACCGGAGGGAACUCAAGUUUUGACUGGGUGGACUGGCAAGUAGCCCAAUCAUUCUCUGCAGUUGAGUGCCAAUCAAGCGGAGAUACUUUGCUUGCGAGGGCAUCCCGCUCAGUUCUAAGUUUUUCCGUUUCGUUCAUUGCAAACGUCCCUGAAAAUCAAACAGUUUCCAUUAGUGCGGUAAUGCUCAAAGACCAAUUGUUAUACCUUGCAUCUUCCUCUUCAGUAUCAAGACGUGCCUGUGCUUUUUCACCAUGUCAAAAUGGCGGAGUGUGCUACCAAAGUGACGUCUCUUUGAGAAGUUAUUAUUGCAGUUGUCCGACAGGUUAUACGGGCGACAACUGUGAACUGGAUAUAUGUAUGUGUCACAUGAAUGUGAGCUCUCAACAAAAUGGCAAAGUUUGCAUCAUUGAAGAUAUGAGUUGUAGUACAAAUGACUUGCUCCAAGAGUUGUCACAAGUUCCCAUCGACGACGAAAACGUCGAGCAGGUUUCUGAAGCUCUGGCUAAUGUGACGAGUCAUUCCGGAAUUAAUGGCGAAGGAAUCGCUUUUGUGGCACUUAUCCUGGAGAACAUCGCGGAAAUAGAGUCACCCUCUACACAGGUAACCGAAAACGUCAUCAACUCCGUAAACAACGUCUUGAAUGUCCCGGAUGAAAGUUUUUCCUCCAACCGAUCGUCUUCAGCCACGAUUCUUGAGGCAUUCGAAUCUCAGCUAUCGUUUGCCAGAGAUGGCAUCAGUAUAUCCAUGGAUAAUCUAGCAGUAGAGGUUUUACCAUCAGUGAGUCUGACUAACAGUCUGGGUUUUGCCUCUAUUGCUGAAGAUGCUGACACACCGGUAGAUGAUACAUUAGUGAACAAUGAAGAGGAAUUGUUCAUAGGAUACGGGCAGAGUAUUCCUGAGAGUUUUGUUGAUGAGGCUGAAGCAUCUAUUUUGAUACAACAUAAUCAAACAGCCUUAUUGCAAGGUGAUUCAUCAAAUAAGUCUGUGUCGGCAUUCUUCGUCGUGUAUGCAAACACCAUUCUGUUCCAGCUAAAUGACUCGAAUCUCAAAUUAAACAGCCUCGUCAUAUCAGGAAGUAUUGGUGGAAAAGACAAACAAGUGACGAAUCUGGCACCCUCUGUGGUUACCUCAUUUAGACCGCUAAAUAAAACACUUCAAGGGCAAGCUGUCUGUGUCUUUUGGGAUCCUACUUUGGCUGUUGAUAACUCUGCUGGGAAUUGGUCGACAGAGGGCUGUAGUCUGACUGAAGACAAUGGAACGAGUGAAGCUACAGUCUGCCACUGCAAUCAUCUGACAAACUUUGCUAUUUUGAUUAGUCAUGGAGGUAACAUAAUGGAUCCAGUGCUUGAUAUAUUGAGUAAGAUUGGAUGUGGUAUCUCCAUUGCAGCUCUCGUUCUUACCAUCAUAGUUACAGUGAUUACAGAAGACAUGUCACAUACACCCCGGAAGACUUUGUUGAAUUUGUGUGUGUCUCUCAUCUUGCUCUAUGGAGUCUUCCUUGGUGGCAUUGAGCUGAUUCAACCACGAGUGGCUUGCAUCAUCUUCGCUGCUCUCAUCCACUACUUCUUUCUCUCAUCUGUCUGUUGGUCAUCGGCCGAGGCCAUUGUUUGCUUCUACCUUCUUGUGCUGACCCGCAGGAGUAUGACCAAUGGUUAUCUGUUGCGAAUGAUGCUCUUUUGCUGGGGUAUUCCUGCGGUUAUUGUGUCCGUCACAAUGGCUGUACCUUAUGGUAUUGCUGGACAAGUGAAUGUUCCGCGUGACAAAUAUUGUUUUCUUUCUCCUGGGAAUCCAAUCUACUUUGGUGUAUUGCUGCCAGUUGGAGCACUUCUCCUCUUCAAUAUCUUCAUCUACAUUCUAGUGUUCCGUCGGUUAGUUUGCCAGCGCGUCGACAGCAGCCUGACUCGUCAAGAGACACGAGCAGAGCUCGUCCUCCGUCAGGCUCGCUCUAUGAUCCCCAUCGGUAUUCUCCUCGGUGGAACAUGGAUCUUUGGUUUCCUGGCCUUUGAUAUAUUCACAGCGACUUUCCAGUACAUCUUUGCGAUUCUGAACUCUCUCAUAGGCUUAGCAGUGUUUGUGUUAUUUGUUCUGUUUCGCAAGAGUGCUAGAGAAUGUAUGAAUACAUUUAUUUGUUGCUCAAUGACAAAGAGGGCUCAUUCUGAAGGCAGUCAUCCUACAUCAAGGGACGGACAAACCAAUAGUGGACAUACCAAUUCUACUGGACUUUAACUCUCUUUCGAAUGAUUACAAUGAACAUUCCAUAUAGUUUAGAAAUUGCAUACUGUAUAACAAAACUAAGCAAAGCUGAAUGACAUUUACGUAGGUCGUAAAUAGAGAGAACCAUUUAAAAUAUAGAUAAACAGCAAAAAAACAACAAGGUAUGAAACAAAAAUCGGCAAUGAUAGAAACAAACAAUAUACAAUUAGAAAGUUAUAAAAUAUAAUCAAUUAUAGUCGACAUUGGUUUACGUUAUAGACCACAUAAAUUAUUUUUUGGAAACGAUUUUUUCAUGAAGCUUUGUCGAGUGAAUAGUCAAAGGUGACACAUUGUACAACACUGCAUCGAAUUUUAAAUUUUGUAAUGGAGUAAACAACUAGUUUUGGUGCACUUUAGAGCACCUUGUAGUUUUACGCUAGUGUCUGUAAGAUGUUUAGUAUAACGUCACAGUAUUAUGCUAAUGUCGAAUUAGAAUAGGUUGAGUAAACUUCAAGAUGUUCAACUGGUCCCUUCAACAGCUCUCCGUUGCUAAAACAAUCAUACAACCAAUAGUGUCCAGUGCCUUUAACACCAUAAUUGUAUAAUA